UAAAGGUGUAACCCAAUCUACUGACACAAUCAAGGGAGGGCUUUUCUCCCCCCUUAUCUUUAUUUCUAAAUGAUUUCAUGGGGCUUUUGCGUUUAUUCUAAGCAGAGCGAGCAGGGAGCCAUCCACUGUUUCUGACGCUGAAGAAAGAGGAGGGGGAGGCAAACUAUGAUCCGAGGAUGAUUUCUGCUAAGAAAACUCCGGAGAAGAGUCGUUAUCCUAUCCACUAUCUGGUGUGGCACAACAAACACCGACAACUGGAGAAGGAGCUUGCAAGGAACGAGCAGACCGAUUUAGAGUCUCUGGACCCUCGUGGUCGUACUCCUCUUCACCUCGCUGUCACACUGGGCCACCUGGACUGCGCCAGGGUCCUGCUGCAGCACGGCGCUGACGUUAGCAAGGAGAACCGCAACGGAUGGACAGUUCUUCAGGAGGCGGUGAGUACCAGAGAUCCGGAGCUGGUGCGUCUCGUGCUUCGUUACCGUGACUACCAGAGGACUGCCAAGAGACUGGCGGGCAUCCCCGUCCUGCUGGAGCGACUGCGCCAACAGGCCCAAGACUUCUAUGUGGAGAUGAAAUGGGAGUUUACCAGCUGGGUGCCCCUGGUGUCUCGCAUCUGCCCCAGUGACACAUACAGAGUUUGGAAGAGUGGUCAGUGUCUCCGUGUUGACACCACCCUGAUGGGAUUUGAACAGAUGACCUGGCAGAGAGGAAACCGGAGCUUCAUUUUCAAGGGACAAGACUCCAGCGCCGAGGUGAUGGAGGUCGACCACGACAGGCAGCUGGUGUUCUGUGAGACCUUGUGCGUGUCAUCGCUCACAGCGCUCUCGCCGGGCAGGGGGAAGGGUGGUGCCUGCAGCAGCACCACAGCUGGGUUGGGCCUUCUGGGAGUAAUGCAGCCCACUGACGAGCAGGUAGCGGCCCGGCUGUCUGCCCCAGUGGUGACCACGCAGCUGGACACUCGCAACAUCGCGUUCGAGAGGAACAAGACGGGCAUCCUGGGAUGGAGGAGCGAGAAGACCGAGACGGUGAAUGGAUAUGAAGCAAAGGUGUAUGCAGCAUCCAAUGUUGAGCUGAUUACCAGGACCAGAACCGACCAUCUGUCAGACCAGAACAAGAACAAGAUUAAAGGUGGGAAGACUCCACUGCAGAACUUCCUCGGGAUUGCAGAACAGCACAUGGGGCCUAAUAACGGGGCUCUGGUGACCCAGAUGUCGUCCCCCGUGGUGACGAACCCCGCCGCGCUGACCGCCGAGGAAUACUUCAACCCCAGCUCGACGACCACUCAGAGGGAUAUCGGCCACCCGUGCCAGCUCACAACCAAGACACAGAGGUUUAAAGCUAAGUUGUGGCUGUGUGAGUCCCACCCUCUUUCCCUGGCAGAACAAGUGGUGCCUAUCAUCGAUCUCAUGGCGAUCUCGAACGCCCUGUUCGCUAAGCUGCGUGACUUCAUCACUCUGCGUUUGCCGCCUGGCUUCCCUGUCAAGAUUGAGAUCCCUCUUUACCACAUCCUGAAUGCCAGGAUCACCUUUAGUAACCUGAAUGGCUGUGAGGAGGGAGCCGGUGUCCGUGCUGACAACGAAGUGGUGGUGGAGGGCGAAAGACAGAGGGACACCCCGAGGACAGACACCCCUUCUCCGGGCAGCGACUCCUCCAGCGUCUCCAGCUCUAGUUCCACCAUGUCCUGUCGAGCCAGCGAGAUUCCCCCGUGUGUGUUUGAGGCCCCACCUGGAUACACCAUGCUAGGAGGCAAACAGAGAGACAGCAUGAGGGAGGAGGAGGAGGAUCUGCUGCAGUUUGCCAUACAGCAGAGCCUGCUGGAGGCUGGCUCCGAAUACGAUCAGGUGACCAUCUGGGAGGCGCUGACCAACAGCAAGCCGGGGACUCACCCUCUGUCCUGCGACCCGAGUCGUGUCGAGAGCACCCCCCAGCACAAGCCCCGCCCCCCCACCAGCCUUUGCUCCACCCCCUCCAAGAAGAAGCCGACCACCUGCAGCUACGACGAGCAGCUGCGCAUCGCCAUGGAGAUCUCAGCCCGGGAGCAACAGGAGGCGGAGCUUCGGCAGCAGCAGGAGGAAGAGGAGCUGCAGCGCAUCAUCCAGCUGUCACUCAUGGAGAAAUGAGCCCCUCACCCCACACCCUCCCUCUGAACCAGGCGGGCCUGCCAGGGUGGGGGGUCUGGACUGAGGGGAGGUGGGAGGAAAAGGGCAGAAGUGUCCAGUGAAAUUUAAAAAGAAAACCGUCUUAGAGGUAACGUCUGACCUGGCCGUCCCUCCCCUCGCCUCAGCCAGACCCUUUUCCCGUGAAGCCAUGAGGUGGUUACGUCUCCCCGGCUUCACACAGCCAGGGAUGGACGCACGCCUCGUCUCUCUUCUGCCACAUCGGCACUUUCUCGACCAGUGCCAGUUUACAACCAACGACACAUCCGUGCGCGUGCAUGUUUGUCUGUGCGUGCGUGUGCGUUUAAAACAAACCAGCUUAACGCACAGAAGGUCAAUAAGGUCAACUAAACGGUUCCCCUAAAUGUAGUGUGUCAGGCCAACUCACUGCUCCAGCACCUAAUGCACACUCACCCCACGCUCCCGUCAUCACUGAGCGCGUGUGGUUUUCAGUCCUGACUGCGUUGAAGAGCGCAGCGGCGUGGAGAACGCCUUCCUCAUUUAAAGGCCGACAAAUAAUCAGACUUCCUCAGUUUUUAAUGAAAAUUUUUAAAAUGAUGGACUAAUGUGUUUCUUCUUCUUCUCUCUUUUUUUUUUUGAUUUGCACAAAAUCCAGAUGUACUGUACUUGUGGGUGAAGCACAUAUAUGACUGUUAAUGGGUGUUUCAGUUCGAGCACAAAGUUUAAAACAAAAAAAGAAACCCAGGCCGGGGUUUAGUUUUAAACCUUGACGCUGGGCUUUGCAAGGAGCACAGUAAUGAUGAGACUCCCAGAUGAACACUAGGUGUGUACUAACUAUACUGUAUGUGAAGUAGAGCAUUUAUUAAUAAAAACAGUAAGAGGAAUAAAGGUCUGUGUGUGGAUCGUGGGUUAGAGAAGAGUUUUCUCUGUAAAUUUGCUUUUUCUCACCUUACAUGAGCUGAUGGUUGUUUUUGUUUUUUUUGUGCGUGUGUUUCUGUGCAUUCUAAUAUUUCAGCAUGGUCUGUAUCCAGUGGAAGGGGCGGGGGUCUUUUGCGACCUACGGCAAGUUUCACUAAGCAAAUUUUUUUUUUAAAAAGCUGGAAACUAAAACCCAGUGUAAAAUCACCCCUCAAAUGUUUUCUUAGAAAUUGGCAGGGUGCAAAUGUAGAUGAGCUCUGAGGGACUUGUUUUUGUGUGGAGGAUGACGAGAGCAGGGACACCUUAUGCUCUCUGUUUUUUUUUAAAUAAAGUGAGAAAUGUAAAACUUUCACACUCCAGUAUCAGCACAAACUGAGGAUACCACCUUCUCUUUUCCUUCUGUAAUUCAUGGUUCUAAGCUUGCCCGGUUGGGUUAAGAAGUAAAAAAAUGCUCCUUUUGUUUUUUACUUUUUGAAAAAAUGUUGCAAAACAUUAAAAAAGCACGGUGUUUUCAUGACGUAUGCUGGGAAGUGAAUUGACAUGAUUUAAAUAAAGGAAAAUCUUUUUUUUUUUUUUGGA